AUGGUUGCAUCCAUAUCCCCAUCCCAUAUCGGCCCUGGUCCUGGUGUAGUCAAGGGCGCGUACGUGGACACGGCUGAAGGCCAGCUCCAUUAUUACUACACCUUGCCGUCGACCACCUUUGGCUCUAGCUCAGGCUCAGAUUCAGAUUCAGAUGGCUCGCCGCACCCCCCAAUCCUCCUGCUGCACAUGUCGGCAUCAUCGUCACGAUGUUUUCACUCGAUGAUGGUGCGUCUCGCGGCGCUAGGUUACCGCUGCUACGCACCCGACAUGCCCGGGUUCGGGUCCUCGUUUGAUCCGUCCUCCAACCCUCCCGCCAUCGCCUGGUACGCCGACCUGUAUUACGAGACAUUCUCGCCGUGGGCGGAAUUCCAGCACGGAUGCCACAUCAUCGGCCACCAUUCGGGCGGCGUUCUAGGAUCCGACCUGGCGGCCAAACAUCACGACUUUGUGCGCAGCUUGACCUUCGUGGGUCCGGGCGUCAUGGACGCGGCCGCGCGGCAGGAGAUGUCCAAGACGUUCCUGGCCCCCUUCAAUCGGCCCGUGGCGUCGGGCGAGCAUUUGACCAAGACCUGGGACUACCUCAUGUGGGAGGGCAUCCUGGCAACCCACCUGGAACUGCUGCAGCGCGAAGCCAUCGACCACAUCCGCGCGUGGAAGGGCCGAAGCCAGAUCUACUCGUGUGUCUGGGCGUACGACGUGGGCGAGUCGAUCAAGAAGACCAGCCCGAGCUGUAAGAUCCUGGCGUUGUGUGCGAGAGACGAUGUGCUCUGGCCUUAUUUCGACGCGGUCAAGGGGCUAGGGCGAGAGAUCAUCACACAUGAAAUCAGGGGAGGGAAUUUCGGCCCGGACUUGGAUCCUGAGGGCGUGCUGAAGUAUUUUGUAGAAAGCAUGCUUUAG